AUGGCAUCAACAACGGUUAAGUUUGUUAAGUUUGCUGCCAACGUUCGACUUCAAUAUUUAAUUAUAAUAUUUUUCGAUAUUUUGGCAAGUUUGUUUGAGUUCGUCGAGUGA